AUGACAUGCACAAGAAAGAAGAGGAAACGUAGCUUAUUUUAAAAUGAGUUGGCAACAGGCUUUACCAUACACCAGAGGACUGGAGCACUGACACAGCUGUCUGUCGAUCAUCCACUGUUUAGCUCAUGUUGUGAUAGAGCGGGCUGGUGGAUUGCUGUAGCCUGGAUUUUAUGUAGCCUGCAACAACGGCCUGCCUACCACAGACAAGCAGCCCACAGCAGGUUCCUGGAGAGGAUCAGGAGGUGAGACGACACAUUACACUGACAAAGUGACCCAGCUCAAAAUGGGGCAAUGCAUAUUAAGGUGUUCCCGUUCCUUGUGAACUACGAAAAGGAAGCAACCACGAGGACGAAGGAACUGAUAGCAGACGGAGGAGGUGGCGGGGGAGUGGUGUCUUUGGUGUUUGAAGAGAAGGUGUUAUGGGUGGCGAGACAUUCAGAAUGGCCCAUGGAAAUGAGAGCAGUGAAGGGCCUCCUGGGCCCAUGGCAGCAGUGGUGGCUACUGCAGGAGGUAUGGUAGCAGAGAGUCCUUCCUCUGCUGUCUCUACCUAUAUCAAACUGGUACUACUGGGGCUGAUAAUCUGCAUUAGCCUAGUGGGGAACCUAGUGGUAUCUCUGUUAGUACUGAGGGACCGGGCCCUGCACAAGGCACCUUAUUACUUCCUGCUGGACCUGUGCCUGGCGGACACUAUUCGCUCAGCUAUCUGCUUCCCUUUUGUUCUGGUGUCAAUAAAGAAUGGCUCAGCCUGGACCUACAGUGUUCUAAGCUGCAAGGUAGUGGCCUUCAUGGCAGUCCUCUUCUGUUUCCAUGCUGCCUUCAUGCUAUUCUGCAUCAGCGUAACACGCUACAUGGCUAUUGCACACCACCGAUUUUACUCAAAGCGAAUGACAUUCUGGACAUGUGUGGCAGUGGUGUGUAUGGUGUGGACACUGUCUGUGGCAAUGGCUUUCCCACCAGUUUUUGACGUGGGCACCUACAAGUUCAUUCGCGAGGAGGACCAGUGCAUCUUUGAGCACCGCUAUUUCAAGGCUAAUGACACACUCGGCUUCAUGUUAAUGUUGGCUGUUCUCAUUUUAGCCACACAUGUUGUCUACAUGAAGUUACUUCUCUUUGAAUACAAGCACCGCAAAAUGAAACCAGUCCAGAUGGUGCCAGCCAUCAGUCAGAACUGGACCUUUCACGGACCAGGGGCUACUGGUCAAGCUGCAGCCAACUGGAUUGCAGGCUUUGGUAGGGGCCCGAUGCCACCCACUUUGCUUGGAAUCCGGCAGAACUUGCACAACCAGAACCGGCGCCUGUUGGGCAUGGAGGAGUUCAAAGCAGAGAAGCAGCUUGGCAGGAUGUUUUAUGUUAUCACCCUUCUGUUCCUGGUGCUGUGGUCUCCUUACAUAGUAGCUUGCUAUUGGAGAGUGUUUGUCAAGGCUUGCACAAUACCACACAGGUACCUCUCUACAACCGUGUGGAUGAGUUUCGCUCAAGCCGGAGUCAACCCUAUUGUCUGUUUCUUCCUCAACAAAGACUUGAAGAUAGGGCUCCUUUCCCAUCUACCAGCCUGCUGCAGGACUAAACCUCAUCUGCCACAAGAGCCUUAUUGUGUCAUUUAAGCAGAGAUGAUCUGAACAUGGAGAAAAACCAAGGGCCAACCAAUAGAUGUGUUGUGGGAUUGUUUACUGUUGUACUUGAUUCAAUGCAAGCUACAUUUAUGGUUUGGUUGUUAACUGGUGAGUGCAAUGGGAAAAACACUGGAAUGUUAAGCAUGUAGUUUCAUCUACCAAAAUCCUUUUCACUGAAAAUAAGAACAUCGGUGGAGUCAGGCGUUGACUUUUGAUAAGGAGGAAAAUGCUUUUAAUAGCUAAAUAAUGCAAAUAAUAAUGCAGUCACUGUGGAAACCAAGCCAGACAAAU